AUGAAGAUGUUAUGUCAAGCGGUGCUGACGUCGGUGCUGGUUCACGUCACGUUGGGUUUGGGUCAACAUGGGGUGCAGUUCGGUGUCGAAUACUUUCAGUACAGAGGUCUCACGUUUGUCUGUGUUAUGACCUGUGAUAGAGAUUUUAGUUGGACUGUUCAAUACUCAAAGGCGUCACAAAACCUCUCUAUGGCGAUAUCAGGAGUGUCGAUAGACAGCUCUAUGAUAGAUUACAAUAGAGUCGAGAAUUGCUUGCAACGGAAGUUGCACCCUGUUGGCGUUAUCGUAGACGCUGAUUGUGGAAGCACUGAGGAUGUCAUGAACUUCGUCUCCCAAAACAUGUGGUUGGACUCGAAUCACAAAUGGCUCCUUAUAGACGAUGACGAUGCUUAUACAUGGUGUAACGACACUGAGGUCGAUAUGAUGAUGGCUGACAGCAACGAGAGCUUGAUUGAAAUGCUUUCUCAUUUAAAUAUCAGUGUCGAUGCUGAUAUUGUGACGGGGUUUAGAGAAGACACAAGAUACAUUCUCCAAGAAGUGUACAAUUUUGGCAAAGUACAAGGAGGCAAUUUAAUUACUCAUGAAAUAGGAUCCUGGGAUCCCGAUAAUGGUUUUAAUUUGUGUAUGGAUCUGAACGGGUACAAAUAUUAUAGGCGAUGGGAUUUCCAAAAUAUAUCCAUGAAAAUGAUCUUAGUUGUUCAACCAGUACCGAAUCAUUUCGAUCCCGAAUCGUUGUUAGGUCUAGAGACAGUUCCCGGAGUUGCCAUGAUGACACAAACGUCUGCUACAGUUAUGUACGCAGUCGCUAAGAUGCACAACAUAAGCUACAUUCCCACGAUCACUGAUAGAUGGAUCGGCACGUACGAGAAGAACGCUACCAGAGUAGUAUCAAAUACUCUGUAUUUUCGGGAGCAAGAUAUGUCGCCAGUAAUACGUAUGCCCUUAGUUCAAGAGAGAACUGAUGUACUACUUCCCCCAUUAACGGCUAUUGAAACGAGAUACUACUACCGUAUACCAACAACAGGCGCUGGAAAGUUCGAGAACCAAUUUUUGAGACCCCUGAGUCCCACAGCUUGGUGGAGUGUGAUUGGAGUCUCGGCAUUGUGUGCUGCUCUACUGCUUCUCUCUGCUUUGUUUGAACGUCGGCCAUCUUCUGUGCAGUAUGCUGUCUUCUCUGUCGUGGCUUCUAUUUGCCAGCAAUUCUUCCAAGAUAUUGACGAUAGUGGAUCGAAGAGAAUUUCAACAGCUCGUAAAGUCACAAUCCUGGUGACCGGGCUCUCCUGUGUGCUCAUAUACAACUACUACACCAGCUCCGUAGUCAGCUGGCUGCUGAACGGUCCACCACCUUCCAUCAAUUCCUUGAAGGAACUGCUGGAGAGUCCACUGGAGCUGAUCUAUGAGGAUAUUGGAUAUACCAGGUCUUGGUUGCAGACUCCAACAUACUACUUCAAUGGAAAGAACGCCGCCAUAGAGGAUGAGCUGCGGAAUAAGAAAGUGUUUAACAAGAAGAAGGAUGCUCCCUUACUUGUGCCUCUAGUGCAGGGGAUUAAGAUGGUGCAGAAUGGAGGCUACGCCUACCACACAGAGGUGAACAGCGCCAACGCUCUGAUAUCCAGAACAUUUACUCAGAGCGACCUCUGCGAGCUAGGAUCUCUCAAGUCUAUGGAGAAGACCGUACUGUACCCAUGUCUGCAGAAACAUAGUCCUUACAAGGAGUUUAUGACUUGGAGCCUAAUGCGUCUAUCAGAGCAAGGCAUAGUCUCCUGCAUUCAGAUCAGGAGAUCAUCCUUCGAAGUAAAGUGCGAAGGCAGUUCUCCUCGAGCCCUUGCAUUGGGAGGAGCAGCACCAGCGUUCAUACUCCUUGCUGGAGGGUAUAUACUCGCUACCAUCAUCAUGCUUGUUGAGAGGUAA